UCAGUCUGCCCGUGUGAUCGGUGGGAUGGGUGGUGUCGAGCGUUUUUCUGUGGUGUUCUGACGCCCUUAAGGACGGCCCUGUGAGGAUUACCACUGACAGGAGAUGCAGGAGACCUCUACAUGGAACAGGUGGCGGGGCCGUCGAGGGGCGUCGGCCACUCAGGGCUUUGGAGGCCCAGCGCGUGGGCAUCGAGGCCUUGUGAGGGUGUGUGGGGCACAAGCGGUGCCCGCCUGGUGCUGUGAGGGUCUUUAGUGCUCAACCUGCCGCCGUGUUGUGCUGCUGAUGCUUAAUAACCACGCAGUGUCUGGAGCUAAACCGUGUGUGUCGUGUGUGUUGUGCACGUGUCGGGCAGCGCCACGUGUAGUGGUGAUGGCGUGCACGUGGCCAGCCGCCGUCUUGUGAGUUACACGUGCUACAGGACCUAACGUAUGGCGGAGGGUGACGACACCUCAGGCCAAGGGCCGGGAUAUUCGCGGCCCUUCAGUGUGAUACAACCCUCGCCCUACGCCCACGAGCGCAACAUGGCCGCCCACAGACUCUCGGACUCAAGAUUUUUCUUCUCUGAGCGGCGGCUGUCGCAACUCUUCAACGUUGACGCCUGGACGGAAGAGAACGAUGAAUCACGCAACGACUUUGGAGAUGAUGAUGACCCUGGCCACGACCCUCCCCCCGAGCCCGCCCCCCGCGCCUCCUACUGCCCGCCAUCCCCCGGUACCCCGGGUGACCCAGGACCCCCCCCUGAAUCCCACUACCCGCCAGGGUUGCGGGAGUCAGCCCUUUAUUCCACCCUGAGUUCAGGUUGCCACCUCGAUCCGAGGUUCUCGGCCGAGGUGGCCCUUGACAUGGCCCGUCUCUCCACUAUCAGCGGAGGGUCAGCACGCUUCAGCUCGGGUCGCCUUGAUGAUGAGGACGAGGACGAGGAUACUUACGGCGGAGGCAACAACGGGGACGUCACCCCCACCCCAGGCUCCCCGGGGUCUUGCCGCAGCUCCCGGAAGUUGUCAUCACGCUAUUCCCAAAUGUCCACCUUGGCAGAUUCCCUGGCCUCCACGGGGCCUCGCUCCUCCCUCCCCUCUGUGCUGUCAGAUCUGGCAGGGGAGGUGGAUGGUGUGGCAGACCUACUGACAGACGACGACGAGGCGCUGGGACCUGGGCCGCGGGUGUGGGGCGGCGAAGAGGUGGUCAACUGGCAGGAGCGAUGCCUGGAGCUUGAGCUGUCCCUUCAGAGGUUUAGGGAUCAAGCCGGCAAGAUCAGGGAGCUUCUGAGGGAGAAGCAUAUAAGGGGAAAGCUGGCGGAGCUCGAGCAGCGGGUGGUGGAGGCCGAGACCCGCGCCGAGGAAGCCGAGGAGAAGGUUCGCGUGAUGGAGCGGCGGCUGGAGUGGAGUGGCGGCAGCGUUGGUGCUGGAGGAGAAGGAGGUGGAGGAGGAGGCGGUGGAGGAGGUGAAGGAGGAGCAGGGAGCAGCGAAGAAAUGGAGGACGUGGAGGUCCUUCAGGUGGAGAUGGAGGAGAAAGAAGCGGUCAUUACUACGCUCUCCACGCAGGUGGAAGAACAGAGACAACUUCGCCUGCAAGACGCCAAGAAGGUGGAGGCGAAGGCGGCGAAAAUCAAAGAAUGGGUCACUAACAAGCUGAAGGAGCUUGAGGACCAGAACGCCCACCUUCGGGAGCAGAAUGCGAAAUGCAAUGUUCAGCUGGAGCUUCUACGUGGCCGCCUGGCUCACCUCUCAACCAUGCAUACAGAGAGGGACAGAGACACAGAGAGGUUAUGGAAAAGGAGAUCCCUAAGUCUGCCUAAGGACUCCUCCCGGGGCAGCUAUGAGGGGGACAGACCCGACAGUGAUGAGUCUCUUCCCGACGGUCGAAAUGAAGCUGAUUACAUACCAUCCCGUCCAGCCACCCUCGGCCGAGAUCGCCGAUCAAAGUCAAGAUCCCCAGCAGGCUUGAGAAGGGCCAGUUCUAGUGACACAGAUGCUAACUAUGGGGAAAUUCGCUUCAAAUCUCGACACAAUGGACCACCUCGCACGAACCUUGAGAGACGGCGCUAUGAUGAGGAUAAAAGAACAAGGGACUCUCGUGUGGAUUCAGGUUCAGUGGACCUAGAAACACCACAGAGCCUCAGUCCAAAAAGUCCACUUGAGGUGAUGCUGAACAGCCUAACACAGAGCACAGGCAGUUUACCAAGAAGUCGAGGAGACAGUCCAAGAAAACCAGUGCCCCAACCCCGCACAAAACACUUGAAAAAGGGCGGGAGUGUGCCUACUUAUGUUACUAAAAGUGCUGAUAGUCUUGAUCUAGAACUUGACAGUUAUGACAACACUGAGAGCACAGACUCAAGUCAAUUAGCACGUUCUGGGGAUAGUCACCUUAGUGAUGAGGGCAGGCGAUCCAGAGCAAAAGAUGAACUUCAUGAUUACAGUGAAAUAUACACUCCGAGCAGGGAUCAAACAGCCUGGCCUGCUGAGACCGAGGCUAAUGGAGAGAAGCCACCCACUCCACCAUUGCACCGCUUCCCAUCUUGGGAAUCAAGAAUAUAUCAGGUGGCACAAGAGGGCCUCUCAGGAUCAGGUGGUGCAGGACCAGGGGAGACUGGCAGUAGAGUGAGAACCUCAGGCCUUGGGAGCUACCCAGAGAUCCACGUCCCUGUGUAUGCUGCUGUCAAAGGGCGAGCCAGUCAAAUCCGUUCUGUUCCCUUCACUGGGGACUCGUCAGAUUCCUCAGAUGGAGAGGAUCACUGUGGAGGAUCAGACUCUAGAGGCCUAUCCUCCCAUACUCCUUCCUCCUCUGCUGAGUCAUCAUCCAGCUCACCUUCCAAGAGCAAAACAUCAUCUCUCUCUCCAGCAAAGCUCUCAGGCUCUUCACCUUCCAAAAGCAUGAGGAGAGACAGCAGUCGGUUAUCUCAGGAUUCAGAUGAUUAUGCAGAUUAUGCCAUCCCACCUGAUGCUAUGCCAGAUUCUAUACCAGAUUCAGUGCCCUCCUUAAGACUUCCGGAUACAUCCUUUGAGUCUGGCGUGUCCGAUGAUUAUGCAAUCCCACCAGAUGCCCGAAGUGACAGUGGGUCGCUAGAAUCAACUAUGGCACCCACCAUCAGUGCCAGGACAUCUUGUGUUGAAACAACCACGAAUACUCUUACAUCAAGCCACAGCAUCGGUACUGUGUCUCCUCGCCGGGAGAGUUCCCUGGAAAAGAUGGGUUACUUAACCAAACUUGGAGGGAAACUUAAGACAUGGAAAAAGCGCUACUUUGUAUUAAAAGAUGGAACUCUAACUUACUGGAAAAGUCAGAGUGACAUACAUCGGAAACCAGCUGGACAAAUAACACUGAAUGAAGUGUGCCGAGUAACAAGAUCUGAGGGGGCACACACCUUUGAAGUGAAUACUGGCAAAAAGACAUACUACCUCACUGCAGAUAAUACAGCCCUUGUUGAAGACUGGGUCAGAGUUCUUCAGAAUGUGCUCAGAAGAAAUGCCACUAAAUUGUUGCUGAGUAAAGAAGACAAUAAGCCAACCUUACAGGGCUGGCUUACCAAAGUCAAACAUGGUCAUGCACGUCGCUGUUGGUGUGUUCUCAUUGGGAAAAUGUUUAUUUACUUUAAGAGUCCCAAUGACCAGAAUCCAAUAAGCCAAAUCAAUAUGCGUGAUGCACGAGUGGAGGAAGUGGAGAAGGUUUCUGACUCUGAAGGAGAAGAAGCAGCAGAUGAUGACACACCAAGAGAAGAUUUAACCAUCGGUAUAUUUCCUUCACACCAAGGUCCAACCUACCUCAUCAUGCCAAAUAAGCAAGAAAAGGACAACUGGCUGUACCACCUCACUGUGGUGUCAGGUGGAGGUCCCAAUGCUGGUACUCAGUAUGAACAGCUGGUGCAGAAACUGAUGGAGCUUGAUGGAGAUGCCAACUGUGUUUUGUGGCGACACCCACUGUUGCUGCACAGUAAAGAUCCCAUCACAUCCCCUCUUACCUCACUUCCAUCCUCACAACUUCAGGCUGAAGCUAUAAAACUAUUUAAGGCCUGCCAACUUUACACAUCAGUCUUGAUGGACUCAUCAGGUAUAGACUAUCAUGUGGUUCUGUGUCAGAAUGCUCUCCAGCAGUGCCUCACGUACCCAGAACUGCAGUCAGAGCUCUUCUGUGCUCUGAUCAAACAGACAUCGAAACACCUUCAAGCCAAACCAGGGGUCCAGGUAACCAAGACUCUGAACAAAAUCAAGCACUCCCGAAAUCUGCUUCUUUGUGCAACGCAGUCACUGUUUCUGUGUGAUUCCUCGGGAGCACAAAAAGCUUCACCCACCCUGGGGAGUGGACAGCCACUGCCAGCUGAUCCUAAGAUCAACCCUCCAUCUUACACAUUCAUUCAAGGAUGGCAGUUCCUGGCACUGGCUGUUUCACUCUUUGUUCCUAAAAACAACAAGUUAUUGUGGUAUCUCAAGCUUCAUCUGGAGAGAAAUGCUGAUACUAAAUCUGAGGUAGGAAAAUAUGCUGCAUAUUGUCAGCGAGCUCUUGAGCGAACCCUAGAACAUGGAGGUCGUGAGGCCAAACCCUCCCGUAUGGAAGUUCUCUCUAUCCUGCUGAAGAACCCAUACCACCAUUCCCUCCCCCAUGCUAUACCCGUCCACUUCAUCAAUGGAACCUACCAAGUGAUUGGCUUUGAUGGUUCAACAACCAUUGAAGAGUUCCUGUCAUCACUGAACCAUGAGAUAGGGUGUCGGGAUGUUCAGCAGUCAGGAUUUGCUCUCUUCUCAGAUGAUCCCAUUGAGAAGGACCUGGAACAUUGCCUGAACCGAAAUGCCAAGUUAUGUGAUGUCAUAUCCAAAUGGGAGACAGCAUUGAGAGAAAAAGGCUCUGGAAAGUUUGAAAAUACCAAAGUUAUACGUCUCCUUUAUAAAUCUCGAUUAUAUUACCGAGCUGCUGCUAAACAUGAAACUGACAAGGAAAAGUUGCUGCUGUGCUACCAAGUAAACCAACAGAUACAGCAGGGCAAGUUCCCAAUUACCUGGGAAUUAGCAUUAGAAUUAGCAACGCUCAUGGCACAGAUUGACAUGGGAGAAGUGAACAGUGAGAGGUCCAGAGGGUCUGGUUCAUCAGGCCCCUCAACAGCACACGUCCAGCAGGCUUUCAACAAGUUCUACCCAGCCAGGUAUAGGGAAGACCUUUCAGAUGAGGAUGCAAAGAACUUGCUCGAUAGUUUACAAGAAAAGUGGGUCAGUUUACGAGGAAGAUCACAGAGUGACUGUGUACGCAUUUACUUGACCUGUACCAGGAAAUGGCCUUAUUUUGGGGCUACACUAUUCCCUGCUGCUACUCCUUCUCCUGAUGGUCCCCCAACCCCUGUGUGGGUGGCAGUUAGUGAGGAUGCAAUCUCCCUUCUGGAUUACACCACAAUGGUGUCUGUGGGAAGGUAUGGAUAUAGCUCUGUUGUUACUUUUGGUGGAUGUCAAGAAGACUUUAUGUUAGUGGUACAUACACCUGAAGAGGACAGUGCCCACCACCCUCCAGGCACACACAAGCUUUUGCUGUGUAUGAAUAAACCAAAGAUCCUUGAGCUCACUCUUCUGAUAGCUGACUACAUGAAUGCCCUUGGUCGCCCCAUCCCCGGCACCCCGCAGACAGGGACCCUGACCCGUCAUGGAUCCAGAAGGUCAGCACGCUCACACAUAACCUCCAUCCCAGGGCAGCCUGAUCUGCUCAAGAUGACAACGGAAGUAGAUCACAAAUUGCAGCGCCUUGAUGCUAAGCGGAGAGCACCAGUGGACUCCUCUGUUGUCUGACCCUCAGUUCAGGCUCGGGCAUCCUGAGUCAGGUUCAUGCUCGGCCCCACCGCCACACUGUGAUAAUGGUUCACUUUCCUCCCAGUGUUCUUUCCUGUUUCUGAGGAAUUUUAAUCAAAUACUGAAUAUUGAUAGAUAAAUUCAUCAACAUUUCAGUUACAAGGGGGAAUAGGUAAAUAGUAUUGCAUGAUAAGCAACAUUACCUAAUGUGAAUUUAAAACAUCUUUUGUGGCCGAGCAUUAUCAUUAAAUAAACUUAAUUAGCUUCUCAUAGUGAGCAGUUUAUAUUACUUCAGCUUCACUUUUUUUGUAUUUUUUUACUGAAAUUAUAUUUGGGAUGAUAGAUCUAUUUGAAACUGUGUGGGGCACAAAAUUGAGGUUUUAUAAUCAUUGUGAAAAGAUAAUUGCAGGUCCUACAGCUAAUAAUGUGCCUUAUGCUGCACUGGAUAUCAAUGAAUAGGAGUCACAUUUCUUUGAGUUACAUUAAUUCUGAGAGUGCACAAAUGUAAUGAUGAUAGAGUUGCCAGAAAUACCACGAAUACACAAUACUCUGAAGUGCUAAACAACACUAGUCCAUUGUACACCUAGUCGUGAAAUGAAAGUAUAAAUCCUAAUUAGGUAAUAAACACAGCCAUCACAAGAACAAUAGAUCUGACACUCAUCAUAAUGGAUAGUGCUACAAUCAUAGAAUGGUUUUUAUUGCAUCACACAUCUGUAUCUCAACUAAAACAAAUUGACUGCCACAAAAUCUUAAUGAAAACACAAGGGUGCUUCAGCUUUGACAACUUAAUGCUGCAUACCAGUGAGACCUCUUCUAUAUUUUUCAACCAUAAUGAAUUGAAUCCAUGUUUAUGCAAGAAGAUUAAAUUUAGUAAAGUCACACACACACACACACACACACACACACACACACACACACACACACACACACACACAUAUAUAUAUAUAUAUAUAUAUAUAUAUAUAUAUAUAUAUAUAUAUAUAUAUAUAUAUAUAUAUAUAUAUAUAUAUAUAUAUAUAUUAGACAGUCCUUAGGUUGAGACCAACUGUCCUUCAUAACAUGAUUACAUAAAAUGUGGUCAUAUGCAGACUGCAGUACAUCUAUUAGGAAGAAAUAUAUAUUUUUUUUUUUCAGGAACACAUACAUAGGUGUUACAUAUGAAAAAAUUAUAUGUAUAUUAUAUUUUUCACACAUGUCAAAUCCCUAAUAUCCAUAGUCACAUUAUAUAGUACACUGCAUUAUAUUGAACAAGUUUUAGUUUGCAGAUAUCUUUUUAAUGUCGGGUACAAAAUUCCAUUUUAUAAAAAUAGAGCUGUUGAUAAUAACCAAGCAUAGACUGAGCUACUAUACAUUCAUUGAUACAGACAUUGGUAUAAACUUUUCUCUAAUUAUUGUUAUUAUUUCUUCAGUAUUGUUUUUAUGCUUUACAAGAUAAUGAACAUUUACACAUUUUAUGAUAAAUUAAGUGUUCCUCACAAGAAGUGUAUUUAUAUUAUGUUAAUGUCAUUGUGAUACAACCCAGUUAUACAAGUAAAAUAUUUCCUAUAAUUAUUGAAAUGUCAUUAAUGAAAAUUUGUGCCAUAAGUAAAUAAUGUAAAGAGCAAAAGGCACACUUAUAUUCAUGCAGCAUCACUGAGGGGAAUGAAAUGCAGUAGAUUAAUGGCAACAAGGAGAAAAUACCCAACUGUACCAUAGUAGGUAAAUGAGGAAAUGAAUUUCUUUUUAAGGAUCAUACAGUAUAUUGUUCAACAUACAUGUUAACACAUGAUUUAUGAGUCUUGUAUCUAGCUUUUUUUUUUCCAUCAUAUUUCAUUGAUAAUAUGGAUUGUAAUAAAUAACAAAAAUUAAUUUCUGUCAACUUUGCAAUGAUCUUUCUUUUUUUUCUCUCUCUGUCUCUCUGAAAGCAAUGUUGAUCUCAUUUACCACCAUUCAUGUGCCCUAAUGAGCUAUCAAUGAUAAAUGGUAGUCUACAUUAGUAAUUAUGACUUGACUUCUGUUGCAUUAACUCACACCAGUAAUCAGAGUUGUAUCUAGCUUUUUUUUUUUUUUUUUUUCAUCAUAUUUCAUUGAUGAUAUGGAUUGUAAUAAAUAACAAAACUUAAUUUCUGUCAACUUUGCAAUGAUCUUUCUUUUUUUUCUCUCUCUGUCUCUCUGAAAGCUAUGUUGAUCUCAUUUACCAUCAUUCAUGUGCCCUAAUGAGCUAUCACUGACAAAUGGUAGUCUACAUUAGUAAUUAUGACUUGACUUCUGUUGCAUUAACUCACACCAGUAAUCAGAGUUGUUGAGAGGGAGGAACAUAAAAGUGUUAGUCCAUCACUUUCCACCAUGGCUAACAGAUGCACAAUUGCACAUGUUCACAGAAUGAUUUGUGACUUCCACACUAUUACUGCACACCAUCGUAGUGAAGGGAACAUAGUUUACAGACUAACUGAUAAAGAAAUAGUGAAUGAAUUACUAAAGACUAUGUGGUAAGAAAGAUCAAUAAAACAAUCUCAAGUGUAUAGAUGAGUUGUUUUGUGGUUUCUCAUUUGAUGGCUGCCAAUCCUCAUAUUGGGAUUCCACAGCUAUGACAUCAAAUAUUUGGAGGACUUAGUAGGAAUUUAUCUGAUAUUGUACAUCACAAAGUCUUAAAAUGAAAAUUGCAGUGAUUUUCUUGGAAAAUCACUUUUAAGUAAAGAGGAAAUAUUGCAACUACUAUGUAGUAAUCUUGCAUUUUCUUUAGCUUUUACAUGUCAUAUCAUGAUGUAAUGAAGAUAACUCUUUGAAGCUGUUAACUAUUUUAUAAAUAGUAAUGUGAUGCUGUUAUAAGAUUGCUUCCCAGUUAAUAUACCUCUUACCCUACAGUAUGUGUACACACAUUGAUUCUUCUACCUUGUAUGUAUAUGCUGGUUUAUUUUAAGUAUUUUGAGUUAGCUAUAUAAUAGAAGUUGUGUAACCAUCCAAAGCAAGUUUCAUUUAAAACAUGACUAAGGGAGGUUGGCAGAUAAACAAUGAAAAGGAAUAGUAAAUCAAGAAAAUAUAAAGAAAUAGCUUACAUUUUUAGUCUGAAAGUACAGGCAAAUGAAUUUUAUAAGCAUACAUUCUAUGACAGGAGUCACAAAAUCAUUUAAUAGCUGAAGUGUUCAUAUUAUCAUGUAUUUGAUCAGGUAGUAUUUUGGCUGCAGUUGAUUAGUUAUCAUCAUCAUUGUCACUACCACCAUUAUCAUCACUAUCCUUUACCACUGUCCAGUUGCUUACACUAAAAAGACAAAAAAAAAAAAAAAUCUGAAUUGAAAGGUAACACCAAUAUUUUCAGUUGAAUAUAAGACAAAUCACUUGAACUUAGCCACAUAUCCAAUCAGUUGUAGUCCUGGGCAUUGAAAACUUUCUAAAGAUUCUAACUGCAUACAAACAUAAGAAAACAAAGGAAGGUGCAAGAAGCUAUCAUGGGAAUCCCUAUGUUGGGUUCCUAUAUUCUUUGAGGGAAAGACUUUGACUCCUAACUAACUCUUCAUGUCAUCUGAACACAGGUGGUGGCAUAGUGGAUAAGGUGGUGAGCGUGGGAUCAGGUAGAUGUCCAUGCGUAGGUUCAAUCCCACCACAUGCCGCCUUGAAACUUUGUCAUUUGUCAAGUUGUUUAAAGUUACCUACUUGUCACCAUGAUACCAAGAUUUUAGUUGGAAGUGUAAUUGCCUUACACCAAAGAUGCAUUUGGGUGGUGAUAUGGGGCCUAAUAUGGGUACCACUAUAAAUAAAAUUGCCUGUGCCACUAAUGGGUGGAAGCUGGACAGCACUUCCCAUACUCUUCAAAUAUACCUACAGGCACUAUAGGCCAUAAUAUAAAAAAUAAAAAAAAAGUAAAUAAAAAAAAACAAUGCUUGCACAAUGAGAGUGAUCAUAAUAUGUUGCCCUUUUUUUUCCUGUAAGUAAAUCUAUCUACCAUUGCCAAACCAGAAAGAUUAUAUGAAACAUUGUAGAUUGAUCAGACUAUGGCUGUGUUCACAAGUUAAAUCCAAGAUAGGUUAAAUGUGAAACUUUAACCCCAUUUCUAUAAUUUCCCCAGACAUAUUUAAAGCAUCCUUGCUUAUUUUUUGCAGCUUAUUGUGUGUCUGAAUUGGCUCAUACUGCACAAUAUACUAAGUCAGUUGUUUUAAUUAUUCAUUGUUGUGUUUGAUUUUAUGAUGUAGUACUGAGAAAAAAUAUGAAUAUAACCCAAAUAGUUCCAACUACUAUGGUACAGUAGUUACAAUACUGACACAAUGAUGCUAUGUUGCAGUAAAAAUAAUCCCCAUAUAUUAUUACAGGUCAUAAACAUGUAAUUUUUUUAUGAAGAUUGAUAAAAAUUUUACUUCAGAGGAACAUUUUUUAGUCAGGUCAUUCUUAUGUGUGUGUAUUGUCUUAGGAAUAUGAAUGAUUAUUGUGAUACUCAUACACAUGUAUAACAUAUGACUUUAAACUAUUACAGUAUUAGUACUGGACGGUGAAACUUAAAGCUAUGAAUGAUAUAUUUUUAGUAGGGUCUUGCUUGGAAUAACAAGAAAAAUUUAAAUAAUCAUAGAAAUUUUUAUCAAACAAUGUUACAACUCAUCAAUAGUGGCAGCAAUUGGUUUCUAUGAUUAUAUAUUUUUUGGGAAAACAUUAAUAUGAACCUUUAUAUAUAUUAUUUGAUUGCAUUUACUUUGUCAUGUGUUCAAACCACAUAAUUUUGUACUAGUUUAAUUUUUUACUGAUGAUCAAAGGUGCCAUAAAUACUAGUCAGAAUUUGUAAUAAUUUUUCAUCCUAUUCCACCAAGUCUGAUGAAGUAUGCCUUCCAAGAUUGUAUAACUAAGGUACAAUGUAAGGCUUCAUGCUAUGUAUAUAUAUUUUUUUUAAUGUAGUAGCUUGAUUAUGUUAAAUAGUGACUGCUGUGAAUGGAAGGCUUGCCAUUGUAGCUCAUGGAACAGAACAUUUAUUGACUAAAACCAGAGACGGCAGUUAUAUAUACAAUUAAUGGUCAACACGUUUAGUCAUUUUACAGACACAGAGCUUUAAAUUGAUGUGUACAGUUUGUGAGUUUUGUAUGUGGUCUGUAUAUCCCCCAUAUGGUUUGUGGAGAAAGCCAAGGGAAUGUUCCUGCUAUGCCUUAUUUUUUUUUUCCGUUUUGGCAUUUCAGUAGUUAUCAUACAGUCAUAUGUAAUUAAUAUGUAUGUAGGUAGUGACUUAAAGGCACAAACUGUGCAUACAUUACCAUGUGUGUGUCACACAUUGUUUCUUUUACUUUCAAUAAAUGUAGAGAAAAUAAUAUGAACACUGGUAAAUUAAUAAAUAUUUUCUAUCCCCA